AAUAGCUACCGAUUUUUUUAUGGUUACUGAUUCGUGUAGCCCAAGUUCUCCUGUUUAAUUUGAUGUAUAACAUCAAUAUAUUUUCUCAUGUUUAUUGUAAUGUUUUACACAGUCUAACUAUAAUGUGUAAAUCGGCGCCCAAUUGUGCGCCAUGGGGCUUAAAAGGUUAAAGUGCUCUCAUAUAUAAUUAUCGUGUCCUGAUUCUAUGUUGCUAUUUAUGUUUGCUUAUAUUGCUGGAAUAUGGACUGGCGGCCUGUCCAGGGUGUCCCCUGCCUUCGCCCUAUGUCAGCUGGGAUAGGCUCCAGCGCCCCCGCGACCCUAAUGAGGAUAAGCGGUAUUGAAAAUGGAUGGAUAUUGCUGGAAUAAAAAUACAGAUCGGUUAGAGCUUUAAAUGUUGAUGUUCUGUCAUAUUUCAACAUACAGUUAACCGUAACGUUGAUAUGUCCCACUGAUGAUUACAAUAGCAGGUGAUCAGCAGCGUUCACGUUCUAUGUCCUUCUCACGUCGGUGUCCUUCAUGAACUGGGCCCGGGGAAGCCCUCUUGAUAAACGUUCUGUAGGUGAUAAGCUGUUGUUCGGGCCUUGCUCCACAUGCAGUAUGUUCACUCUCACACCCUCGACUGUGAUGUGUUUGCUCGCGCCGUCGCCUCUCAGAGGGGCCCGGGUUAGAUUUCCAGGUCUUCUGUGUGGAGUUUGCCUGUUCUCCCCGUGUCGGCGUGGGUUCUCUCUGAUGUGGGUUCUCUCUGUGUUCUCAGGCUUCCUCCCACAGUCCAAAGACAUGCAGCUCAGGUUAAUUGAUGACUUUAAAUUGCCCGUAUGUGUAUAGUUGUCUGUCUCCAUGUGUCAGCCCUGCAAUAUACAGUAGUGGGGUGAAGCAGAUAAAGAUAAUAGAUGGAUGUAGCGAGGACAAAAAUAACUAAUACAACCCUGUCCAAUACUAAUAAAUUCAUCUAUUUGUGUAUUAUUAAUUGUGAAAAGAGGAAUGGAUUUUGUAAUAGACUGUAAAGUGCUGCUAUCAUUUUGUCCGUCCUCUCUUGGUACGAUUUCACUACACAGGUGUUUUGUACAUGUACAGGUCCAGGUAAACAUGUGUAUUUUGUACACCUCUGCAUGUGUGAGUAACCACAUUCACCUUUGUUAUAAGACUAUAUAAAUGUCCAGCCAUCCAUCCAUUAUCUGUAUUUGCUUCUCCUACUUAGGUUUUUAUUUUUUUUGGGAUGGGUGGGCUCCUUAUGUAAUACAAGGUCCAAGGACUAAGGAUGUAAGGAUAUGUGAUAAAUGCAACAUGUGUCCUUUUCCCAGUCUUAGUGGUAUUAAGCAAAACCAUAUGUGACUGAUAAGCCUGUGGAUUUAGCUGAUGCUUUCUUAGGAACAAGAUAAUCCAUAUUUGGGCUCACUGACGCAGUCUAACGUGUAUAAAAACCUGGAGUGAACCCUCAGCUGCACAAGUCCACAUAACUGCAAACGUCUGCAGCUUAAUAUGCAAUAACAAAGUGUUCUCCUUCUUUCUACUGCCUGUUGUAUUUGUGGUUGGUUCAAACAAUGUCUCACCUCUGAAUGGAGGCCGGAGCUGACUCCUGUCUGUGUCCUGCAGGUCUGCUAAGGAUGGCUCCCAUGUCUGUGUUCAGGUUCUCCGCUGUGGCUCUGCUGCUGCUGUCCGCCUGCUGUUGGGCCGACAAUGAGGCCCAGCAGAAGCAGCGACCGCGACUGGCUGAGCAUCGCGUCCCAGAACGGCUGCUACUUCUUCGUCGGCCGUCGUGAAGGGAAGCAGGUGGUGUCUCUGGCCCGUAGAGGAUGCCUCUACCACGGCACCGUCCAACACGAGCUGCUCCACGCUCUGGGCUUCAACCACGAACAGCCAUGUAUUAAUACAUUUAUUUUCCUUAAAAACUAUUCUUCUUGUUAUUUUCCAGGAAUGGAGCACAACUUCAGGAAGAUCGCCACCCUCAACCAGGGCACUCCCUACGAUUACGGCUCUGUCAUGCAGUACCACAAAUACGCCUUCUCCAAGAACAACCAGCCCACCAUGGUCCCCAUCCCCAACUCCAACGUGAACUUUGGCAACGCCAAGGAGAUGAGCCGCACCGACAUCGCCAGGCUCAACACGCUCUACGGCUGCUAAGUAGCCCGCUCAGAUGUCCUGACAGAGGACGCACAGAGGUAAUAUGGCCUCCUGGUGCUUUCUGAACAGCAGCAGCUGCAGACCUGAACUCAUCACCUCAACAGUCAAUGAUGCC